AGCGGACCCCCGACCCAAACACAGCCGGUACCAGCCGCCCAGAGAACAAUGCAGCCGGUGGACAUACUGCGUGUGGAGCGGCCGCUGCCACGGAGCGCCGCAGAACCCGUGGACCUUCCCUGUGAGCGCGGGUUGAUCGGCAGACAUUGACGUCGCUCCAGCGCCCUCCGAGGUGGAAGUGCCACGUAGUGAGUACCCGCCGGCCUCCUUCCAUGUUAUGGACACGGAGCAUCACCGGGAGCCAUUCUCGGGGGGGCGUCCUUGUCUCCUCCAACAUCCGUGUGCAAAUCUCCCAUGUUCAUCUGCUAUGACAUACAUCCGCGACGAUGAAACCCACCAUUCCAGCAUCAUUUCCAGCCCCCAGACUCAUCGGCCGCGCUCAGACCCCACGGAGACGUCGCUCGGCAGCAUGCAUCCAUUAAAGAGCUUAGAGAGCCAUCACUGUGGCAUAGGGGCUUUUCGCCCCGCGCAGGGGUAUCAUGCAGACAGCGCCACAUCCACCGGCAACGAGACCACCAGGCUGUAUCGGAGUCUGGAGAACAUUCCCUGGACGGCCAUCUCUGAAUCGAGUCUUGACGCUCACUAUAGGAGCCUGGACGGUGACUUUAACCUCCAUUGGCGAAGUUCCAGGCCCUCGCCUGAAGCGUCUGCCGAGAAGGUCUCGCUCCGGCACGUGGCCGAUAUCUGUGGCCAUUCUGCGGAGAGAAUAGUCGGACAUCGAGACCCGACGGCGCCUCCCGUCCACCAGUGGCUCCUUCCUACAACAGAAGACAAAGUCGCUCAUGGCGACGCCAAGCGAGAGCUUAAGGAGAAGCUGAGAACCCAUAGCUCCAAGAUGGUGGAACCCAACAGGCCUCUACGGACGCCGACGUACGCCAGCAACCGGGCGGCCAACGUCCCUGCGGAGAGCGCCACGCGCCAGCGCUGCAAAUGCAGACAGACGUGCGGCUCGGCGGCCACCGACAGCACAAACGCAAGGAGAUGCGCGAGCCUCGUGCGCUACGGGACCAGCCCAGAGCGCAUCAAGCAGGAGGCCAUGCGCAGGCUCCAGCUCCGAAGGCAAAACAGCUUCCCCGAUCUAGCGCUUCCCGACGGAGACAAGGAGAGCAGCGGGAUGGUCAAAUCCAAGACCGCCGAGUCCUUCAAAGAGCAGAGGCCGGGUUCUGGCUCAUUCUGGGAAGCGGAUGCAGCCAAAACCGCCCCGAGCCUCAAGGGCAAACUGUAUCUACCGACAUUCGAGGAGUUUAAAAGGAUGCGCAGCAAGGAGACGGGCGCCGGGGCAAAUAGCGACGUCUGCCAGGAAAACACGGAGCGCUCGUCCAAAACGAAACCCGGACCAGGCGGAGGCCGAAGGCUGCCGGAUAUGGCGGAAAAGCGCAGACCGGGUAAUGAUGACACAAGUGCGUUAGUGCCAGGAACUCGUAGUCAGGCCCUCGGCGACCCGGUGGAGACGUCCCAGAGCGGGGGCGGCGUUACGUGCGGCCCCGUCAUUGCACCGCAUGGCUCGUUAGGCGGCAGAGCUCAGUCACCCCCAUACCGGUUCGCUUCCUCCGCUCCCAUUUGCUCCGGCCCGGUCCCGAGGUCUCCAUUCCAGGCGCUUGCCGUGCGCGGUGAGAGAGACGAGCUUGUGUUGUGUGAGCCCAAUGUGUCUGGUGGCAAAAAAACCGUGGCUGCGCAGGCUCAGACCUCUGAAGCCCGUUCUCCUUCUUGCUGUCCAUCUCUGCUUUUAGAAGCCGCUGACCUCUCCGGCUACGGAGCCAAACUGCAGAGAAUGAAGGACGGCCUCAUCGGCUCAGCCCUGGAUCUGAUCAAGAAGAGCUGCAGCGCUGAAACGGCCGCCGAGCCUCUGGCAAGGGUAUCAUGUGACCUUCCGAAAAACGAUACUCCAUCGCAGGAGGAAAACAAUCGAUCUCCGGCUGUCUCCAUGGCAACAUCGAGCCGCGAGACCACGUCGGCUAACGGGGUCGCCGCUGACGGCAAAUCCAGCGUCUGCAGCCCCGGGUGCCGGAGAUCCAGCUCGGACAUGAGCCACGAAUCGGCGGAGACGGGCAGGAGCCAGCGCGGGUGCCGCUUGCGCACCCAUUUCAGCGACCCCAUGCCGACGGACGCGGUGAAGCGCAAGCAGCUGGAGCUGAAGAUUGCGGCUGCGGCUCGCCACCAUGCGCAGCGCAGGAGGCAAGACAGGGAUAACGGGCCGGUGCUAACGAAAGCCAACACUACGACGUCCUGCAGCUCGGGGAAGGAUGGCGGCUGCACCGCCGGACACUCUCACCGCUCGCGGCAUCGCUGGAGCAACAUCAGCAGCCUCAGCACCGACAGCGGGAUAGUCGGCGUCAACGACGACCGCGAAGAGUAUGAAGCCCCCAGGCCGGCCAAACCGGGGGAAGUGGAGAGAGCCGACAGCGGCAUCGGGGACGCGCUGUCCAGGAAGUGGAGGGCCAAGGUGGCUGAGGCUGCAGCUUCUCUGGAGGCCUGGGAGGCUCACCGCCCGUGCACCGACUGCGGAGAGAGGGACUCGGCCGUCGACAUUGAGAGCCGGGGCAAGAGACGGGAGACUCUGUGCAGUAAAUGCGUAAUGCGCAGGAUGGAGCGCAAGGAGGCCAUACUGGAGUUCGUAAACACGGAGUCGAGCUACGGGGAGGACCUCAGGAUAAUCAAAGAGGAAUUUUACAUCCCCAUGCAGACCGCCGGCCUUCUGACACAAGACCAGCUACAGAUAGUGUUCAGCAACAUACAGGAGCUCAUCGACCUCAACGAGAAGUUCCUGGAGGUCCUGCAAGAAGAAAUCGAGCAGUCUCUGGAUCAGGGCGAUGAUGACUUGAUGACCGUGUGUAUCGGCGAGGUCUUCCUGGAGUUUGUGAACAUGUUACCAGCGUUCCAGGUCUACUGCCUGCAGCAGUCGACCUCGGUGGCCACGCUCAACGCUUUGGAGAAGGAGAAGGAGCUGCUGCGAAUAUUUCUGGAUGUGUCUCAGAACGAUAACACGGCGCUGAGACGCAUGAACCUCCGCUCCUUCCUCAUGGCUCCUUUACAGAGGGUCACCAAGUACCCGCUGCUGCUAAGUCGAAUAUUGAAAAGCACCACAGAGUUUCACCCGGACCACGGCAGUCUGUGGGAGGCCAAGAGCCGCAUCGAGUCGCACCUGGAGCACAUCAACAUGAAGACCAAGCAGGAGGGGAACCCCUGGACGCUGCGCUCCUUCCGCAGAGACAGCAGGAAAAACAGGGAGGUGACCAACAUCGAGAUGAGGGAGAUGGCCUUCAAGCACAUGGCAUGGCCGAGAGAAGAGACGCGGUUUAUCAAGGAGGGAGCUCUGCAGAUGGCACAACCUACCGAUGGCCAAUGGGUCAGGAAGGGCUGCAAGGCUCUCAAGUUCCAGAACGUGCAGGCGUUACUGAUGGUGAAUAUAAGGAGGACGUCUGAGUCUAGCCUCGAAGGCAGCUCUGAUAAUCAGACCGUGAAGGACGCGGUCUUAGUUCUCAUCAAAGACAAGAGCGGUGGCAAGUUUGUGAUGCUUAGGGACCCCCUAAAACUUGGCCACUGUGUGGUGUCCUCCGACCCAGACUGUGAGGAGACCUUCGAACUUCUUGAGAUCAGGCGCGAGGGCUUUGUGUUCCGGGACGGAGACACCGAGCGAACUCAGCACUGGUACAGACAAAUCAAGAACUAUUCUAGGGAGCUGGGAUCAUGGAAGAAACGUCGAAACGCUCUCCCGAACAUCAUGAUAAGCACAGCGCAGAACAGAUUCUAAGCAGGGCACAGAGCAGGUCCCGGACCCGGCACAGAGCAGGUCCCGGACCCGGCACAGAGCAGGUCCCGGACCCGGCACAGAGCAG